AGCGGAGACGUCUCCCAAUCUGUGCCUCAGAGGUGGGCGGGGCUUCCGGUGAGGGGCGUCAAUAAGUGCUGCUCGUUAUCGUUUGACGCUAAACUGUAUGUGGGGGAGCGUGUGGUGCGCGGUGUUGGUCACGAUUAUGUCAAGCAGGUAAUUAUGAGUCACUAGAGCGAGUCUUGAGCGCUUAAUCUCGCCUGUCUUCGGGGGUUCACCUGAAACGGCCGGUCGGUGUUUGUCGACGGGGAGCAGCCGAGCCGUUACUCCGGAGGUAAGCCUCAUUAGUGCUAAUGGACAAUCUCAGACCGUCUCUCCGCCUUGUUGCUCCUCUUACGAGUGUUUACAAAUGUCACUCUUGACUUAUGAGCCUGUAGGAGCUCACUUAUCAAAGCUGAUUGACUGUGUUGCAUUUAAACGGUUAUUGUCACCUGUAGUGAGGAAGCAUGUCCACUGAACGUCCUCCUUCUCCUUCAGGUUUUCCUAAUUGAGUGAAUCAUGGCUGAAAUAAUCGCCGUCAACGCCGGGUUACCCUCACCAUCCACCAUCAACGUCACGUUCCAGGUCCCGGAGGACUCCAGCACCGCCGCCGCCCCUCCUGCAGCACCCAUCGGCAGCGACGACUAUCUGUUCGUGGAGUCCAGACACCCCAACACGGUCCUGCAGGGCCUGAACAGCCUGCGGCUCAACAACGCCUUCUGUGAUGUGACCCUGUGCUGUGGAGGACAGGAGUUUCCCUGUCAUCGCAUUGUGCUGGCUUCCUUCAGCUCCUACUUCCAGGUAGACACCACACAUGAGGCUCAAAAGCUUAAAAAAGAUCCACAGGGGCAGGUCUGAAUUGUUUAUUUUCUUCAGGCGAUGUUUUCCACUGACCUAAAAGAGUCCAAACAAGAGCGGGUUGCCAUUAAUGGAGUCGAGCCUCAGAUGAUUGGCAUGCUGGUGAGCUACGCCUACACAUCGGAGGUCUACAUCUCAAAAGCAAAUGUGCAGGUAAGCUGUCACCUCUUCCUUUUCCUUCCUCUGCUGCCUCGCUUUCUUUUGACAGACCAGGAGAGCUAAAUCACGCUUUGUCUUGGUGCAGGCUCUGCUGGCAGCUGCCAACCUGCUGGAUGUGAUGGCUGUGCGAGAAGCCUGCUGUCGUUUCAUGGAGCAUCAGAUGGAUGAGAUGAACUGUGUGGGGAUUCACUGCUUUGCAGAGGCUCAUUCUUGUAGGAGGCUGGAGAACAGCAGCAUGAGUUACAUCCUGGAGCACUUCAGCAGUGUUUACCAGCAGGUGAGACACUGAUGAAGCCUUGAAUAUGGUAUCCAAUAUGGGACAUUAUUGAUAGACGAGCUAAUACAGGAGAGAUACUGCAGUUUAAAGGGAUAUUCCGGCGUAGAAUUAAUUUAGGGUCAAACACACCGUAGCACCAAGUGAGACAUGCUCUCGAGAGAUGAAUGUUGCCGACCGCUUGCUUCUCUACUUAUACUUUAGUAACGACCACAGGAUAGCAAUACACAGCGGUCUGAGUAGCCAUAAACAAACCUCAACCAAAAAGCCACAAAUAAUGCUCAGAACAGCACCUAACUUCAUCAACAGGACAUAUAGGGUCCCAGCCAUAGUACUAGCCACCAAACAUCUUUUUAACUUUGUCUAAUUUCUCUAGCAAUCAGACUAAACAUAACUCACCUACUCUCUUCCAGCAGCCCCUUGUCUGUAGCGAGACCUCGACCAAUCCAUUAUGGACUACAGCGGGGUGACACAGCUCAAGGAAGAACAUUUAUGAUCAUUACUUUUAUCAUUUCUUUUGAAGUAAUAAUCACCAUAUUCAUCAUUUUGCACCGCAGACGCGGUAGUUCUUCUGCCUUAGAGUCUCGGUCUGAUUGCAUUUCAAUGAAGUAAUGAUCAUAAAUGUUCUUCCUUGAGCUGUGUCACCCCGCUGUAGUCCCUAAUAGACUGGCCUGAGGUCUCGCUACAAACAAGCGGCUGCUGGAAGAGAGUAGGUGAGUUGUGUUUUGUCUUUUUGCUAAAGAAAUUAGGCAAAGUUAAAAAGAUGUUUGGUGGCUGGGACCCUAUAUGUCCUGUUGAUGAAGUUAGGUGCUGUUCUGAGCAUUAUUUGUGACUAAAGAGUGGCGUUUUGGUUGAGCGCAUAGCUCCUCAGAGUGCUGUGUAUUGCUAUCCUGUGGUCGUUAUCAAUGUUGGUAUAACUAGAGAAGCAAGCGGUCAGCAACAUUCGUCUCUCGAGGGGGUGUCUUACUGGAUGUUAUGGUGUGUUUGACCCUAAAUUAAUUUUUUUUAGUGUUUUUCAGUAUUUAUCUGCUCAAUAGAAAACCCCCUACAGUGUUUUUAAGUCUUCAUCAGCAUCAUUAGCUCACUCAACAUGACAUGGAAUUAACCGAUCCAGAGGAGCUGCCGGGUGUCAACAAAUGAACAACUUAAUAAGUGGGGGGGAAGAAAACGUCAUCUUUAACACAGUCGUCAAGUUCAUCCAGUGUGCCUCUUCACGUGCCGCCUGUAAACACCUCCCCGGGAGAGCUCAAACAGCCAGUGGUGUUUCAGGCGUGAGACGGGAAUUAACAAAGAUAAUCCACCAGCCUGUCAGCAUUCAUACCACUCAUUACUCCUGUGGAGAAAACACUGUGUACACAUCCCUCGAGAGACCCUGUCCAAACUGAGAAGUUGUUCUUUGCCAGUCAGAGUGUUUUGUAGAGUCUCACAAAGCUAGUGAUGAGUUAUGUUUGAAGCUGCAUUGAUUUAUACGCUAAGAGUGACCUAUGUGUCUAUUUGUUUGAGACAACUAUGCACACAAUCAUCAGAAACCCCUACUUUAUAGAAACACAGAUUUAACUUCAGUAAAGAAGCCUAAUCGGUUAAUUACUUGAUUAAAUUAGUGCUUCCAUGUAUUUUCUGCUAAAGAAAUGCAACUUAUACUGAUAUUUUAUAGUACAGAUGAUCAGAUGAAAAGUAAAAAUUUUGCCUGAUGCCAACAGGAGAAAGGAGAGGAGAGAGGCUAAAGGGUAAACAGAUCAUAUUCAUGACUCAAGGUUAUGAGUUUAGAGAUCUAGACAGCUUUGUGACUCUGAAAACUCUGAGUUCAGUCUCUACAGACCCAGCUUCUCCUCUAAUCUCGCUUUGUGGUCUCCUCAAAGCCAACACCUUCAUCCUUUCCUCUAAUGUAAAUAAACAAAACUACAAAAUGAAAUUAAAGGAAUAUAAUAAGAAAUAAAGAAGACUUUUAGAUGCAUUCAAAAAUAAGUUCAUAACCCUCCCUUUGUGCUCUGCCCAGCUGUUGCGUGAUGUAACAUCAGCGCCACAUUUUUGGCAUAUUUUUGAAGGUGUUGUCCUGACAUACUGCAGCAAUUAUGUCAAGUUUCCAGGAAUCGUAGUCCUUUGGAUCAGAAGGGUUGCUCAUGUUGUCAAUCUCCCCUCACUUUUCAAUCUCUUUUGUUGUUGAUCUUUUUUCUUUUCCCCAGGAGGAGUUUCUCUCUCUGUGUGUGGAUAAGCUGACUGAAAUCCUCGCCAGUGACCAUCUCAGUGUGCUCAAAGAGGAGGUGGUGUUCGAGGCAGCCAUGCUGUGGCUGAAUAAAUGUCCCUCUCGAAAACAGAACUUUGAAAAGGUGAGAUUUACACAGAUUUGAAACGUCGGCUACUUUUCUUUCUGUUGCUCGCAGUCACAUAAGAGAGGCCACAGUUCUCUCUCUCUCUCUCUCUCUCUCUCUCUCUCUCUCUCUUUCUCUGGGUUGUAAAUAUUAUACCCCAAACACACCCCAGAGAUGUGCAUGUGUUUGGGGUUGACAGUGCAGCGUAAAAGAGCCCUCUACUCAGCAGCUGUUAGUGUUUAUGACUUUCAUAAAUCACAGCCUACAUGCCAACGCUGUCAGCCAGUGCUACAGACUCUAAUGUGAUAGUGGGCCUCCAUGAAACGGGAUCCCUCUUUUUCUGUUUUUAAGAUACUUUGCAUGCUGAUACCAACUUCUCCUCUUGGUUAAAACCGUUUUGUUGCUUCUGUAAAACCAAGACUGUAGAAAUAAAACUUACAAUCACUUAGUUCAGUUACAGAUUUUCAGAUCUGCCUUCUUUCUGUUCCUCGAAGGUCCUCGAGCAUAUCCGGCUGCCUCUGAUCAGUCCGUACUACCUCCAUGAUGUGAUCGAGUCUCUGGAUGUGGUGAAAGAGAGUCCGGGCUGCCAGAGGCUCAUCUCUGAGGCGAAGGACUAUCUGCUGCUGAAGGACCGACGCGGGGAGCUGUACUGCCCGAGAGCGAGGCCCCGCAGAUCCACAGGUGAACACAGUCGCGAACACCUUUACAUUUAUCCUAACUGCGGGUCUUAAACUGUGAUAAACCAGGACAGCUACGGGCUAAAAUGUGAUGUAUACGGUUUAAUACGUCUGCUGACCUCUCACCGGUGUUCGCCGUUUGUGUUUGUGAUCGAAAAAUAUCACAAUUCACAGCUGCAUCGUAUCUGUCACGUCCAGUACGCUUUGGCUCACAUCUCCUCUGCUUUUCCUCCUCUUGUUUCCAUGGCAACAGGGACAGCUGAAGUGAUUGUGACGGUCGGCGGAGAGGACGACAAGGUGGUGCUGCGCAGCGUCGAGAGCUUCGAUCCUGUGACAAAUCAGUGGAAGAAUCUUGCGUGCCUUCCUUUCGCAGUGAGCAAACACGGGCUGGUGGUGUCGGGUGAGGAGACGCUGACUCUCGAGUAAAAAGCAACAAUUAAAACUGAUACUCUGUGUCUUAAUUAUCCUGUAAUACUACUUUUACCUCCAUCCAUCGUCUGUGUAGACUCCACUCUGUACCUGGCAGGAGGGGAGUUUCCUGACGGCUCAGCCAGCAGGGAGAUGUGGCGCUACGACCCGUGCUUCGACUCCUGGUUCGAGAUGGCGCCGAUGAAUGUAGCUCGCUCUGAGUUAGGUGAGUAUAAGAGAGGUCAAGGGGGGCUGCUGACUAAACGACUAAACGUUUUUCUGCCAGAGUCUCUGGUAUUAUGUUUGUUUUCUUGCUCGUGUUGGCAGUCGUGGCCAAAGGAGGAUUCAGACAAUUUUCUGAACUUUCUGGUUUCUGGAGAAAAGUCCAUCAACAUGGCAGACGUUAUCACUUCCUGUAGCAGCAGGGGCUAUGCUGGCCCUUCAAAAUAAUAGCCUUUUAUGCAGUGAGGCUGUCUGCGAGAGAAACAUGCAGUCGAUCUGUAGAAGUUAAAAACCAGCAAAGAACCAGUAAAUUAACACAGUUUGUACUCCGAAUUGGUCUCUCACUAUCGCUGUAACCUCUUAAUGAGGACUAUGUGGUGAUUAAUGAGCCUCUUUUGCAGUUAAUUAUUGACAUUCCUGUGCCAUGCAUAUGUGCUGAGGGCACUUUUUUUUAGCUUAUUACUGAUUUAUGUAUGUGGUGGUACCUCACCUUCUCCCCUUCACCCUCUCCUCAGGGCUGGUGAUACUGGACGGUUUUGUGUACGCGGUCGGCGGGUGGGAGGGCCGCUCUCGCCUGGACACAGUGGAGUGCUACAACCCUCACACCAACUCCUGGCAGUUCACCAAAUCUGUGAAGAUGGCCGUCACAAGUCCCGCCGUGGUCGCCCUUGAUGGGCUGCUCUAUGUCACAGGUAGGAAACACAGACGACACGCAUGCAGGGUGGGCUUUUACAGUAAAAAUGUACGAUUUAACAAAGUUAUAUCUUGUGCAGGUGGUGCAGUUUUAGAGGACGGCGACGGCACAGACCUCGCUCAGGUGUAUAACCCUAAAACAAGUGUGUGGACUGAAAUCGCCCCCAUGCAGAUUGCUCGCUCCGGUUCAGCCGCCUGUACACUCAAAGGAAAGCUUUAUGUCAUCGGUACGUAACAAAACGCUGUUCGCUCUUACGGACAAGCGCCGCAGCAGCUCUAAAACUGCUGACUCUCUUUUUUUUUAAUCAUUUCCAGGUGGAUGGCAUGCCUCAACAGAGAACACCGAUAAAGUCGAAUGUUACAAUCCCAAGACCAACCAGUGGACCAUGUGUGCCCCAAUGAAGGAGCGACGUUAUCGGCCCGGUGCUGCUGUGGUGGACGGAAAGAUCUACGUCCUGGGGGGAGAAGAAGGCUGGGACAGGUGAGAGACUUAACAUGUCUUAAGUUGAUGGCAGACUCUUAAAGGGAUAUUCUGAUGUAAAAUUAUAUUAUAUUAUAUACAAUAUUGUGCUAGUAUUGACAACAAAGUGAGAUUGUGCUUAAAAUUAACCUGCAGUGAUACAGUGAUGACUGGUUUAAUGCAGGUAUCACGACACGAUAGAGAGGUACUGCGAUGAGACAGACACGUGGGAGAUCGUAGGUGAGAUGCCGACCAGUCGCAGCUGGCUCAGCUGUGUGUCUCUUCAGCUGAGGAAGGACAUCUGUAUGAGCAGCUGCCCCGACACGUCGAAUGACAACUGAGCCAGGACGACAGCGGUCCGAUCUUUACGGUUAUUUGCUUCCUCACUGGGAGAAAAGCGCACUUCAACGCUCAGCGCUGUGGAGAACAGCGAGCUGCAGAAGGAAGUCUGGAUUUGGCACAGCAUUGUUUGAGCUCAAGCCGGUGAUGAAGAGGAGACGAACUGCUCAUGGAGGCUUCCUCGCUCCCUCCUCCACAUGGUGUCAAAGUAAUCUCAAGCGGCAGAUUUACUGACAGGCUGAUGGAGGACUCAGUCUAAACUCUCUCUCUCUGUAAGAUGUGAACAUGUUUCAUUCUGUUUUAAUGUCCGAGCGCCUCAAGUCUGUGAAGAGCUCCCCGCCAUUAUAAUGUUUUUUUUGUAUCAUUUAUCAUAUUGUAUAUUUAUCGGGGUGUGACCACCUGUGAGUGAGAUUUUAAUAAAGAUUAGAAACAUUUCACUUUCUUAAAAGAUGCUCUGUGGGCCAAAGAAUCUCAUGGUGAAUAUUUCAAAGGUUACCUGUGAAAAAGAGAUGUCUUACACGUGCAGUGUUUAUUUUGUAUUUAAACUUUGUAGGUCCUGAAUGAUUGUCUCUACCUGUAAUAUGUUGAUUAUAUUUUUGUAACGUAGUGUGCAUUAUACUUUUUAGUGAUUUUUAAAUGGAGUUAGAUUCAAAUAAAGAUGUUUAAUUCUUUAAA